CCUAUCAACAUCUGCCCUCUGCCACCACGCGCAGCGCACAUCCCAGUAUUUCGUAGUUGCGUUGAACAUGAAGCAUGUCACGUUGUACAUUGGCUUUUGCCUCGUUGGAAUCGUUAUCGCCACGCUCAAAGAAGACAGCAAACAUUGGCGAGAAUCGGCUAGCAGGGAGCUGGAGGAGGCUCUGUCGUACAAAUGGAACACGAACAGAGCGAAGAACGUGAUCGUCUUCGUGGGUGACGGCAUGAGUCCCGACACCAUAACUGCCAGUCGGAUAUAUCAAGCCGGCGAGACCGGUCAUUUGGCUUGGGAAAAUUUCCCCCAUAUAGGCAUCCUUAAGACGUACAAUACUAACAAGCAAGUACCAGACUCAGCUUCGACGGCGACUGCUAUGUUCAGUGGAGUCAAGACGAAUUACGAGGUGGUCGGCGUGGACGCGAACGUGCCGCUGGGUAAUUGCACUGCGAGCUUGAACACCAGACACCACGUGGACUCCAUCGUUUCGUGGGCACAGGCUGCAGGCAAGGAUACAGGUUUCGUGACGACCACCAGGGUGACUCAUGCCACUCCAGCACCUUUGUACGCGCACAGCGCGGACAGACGAUGGGAAUGCGAAACGAAAAUGCCGGGGACCGCUGAACAAUGCAAAGACAUCGCCAGGCAGCUAGUGGAGGACAUGCCGGGGAAAAAUAUCAAGGUGAUCAUGGGAGGAGGUAGACAAAUGUUGAAGUCCAACGCGACGGGCACCGAAUUUGAUCCUAUAGACACGUGGGCUGGUCAAAGAAAGGAUGGGAAAGAUUUGAUCGAGGAAUGGAAGCGGGACAAGCGCUCAAGAAAGUUGUCCUUCGACGUUGUUCAGAAUAACGAAGAACUGUCGCGUGUGAACGUCGAUAAGGUCGACUACCUAUUGGGAAUCUUUGCGAAUGGUCAUAUCAGUAUGGACUGGAAGAGGGAGAAAGGUCCCAAAGGGCAGCCGAGUCUCGAAGAGAUGACCGUGACAGCCUUGAAGAUCUUGCAGAAGUCUAAAAAUGGCUAUCUCCUCGUGGUCGAGGGAGGACUCAUUGACUACGCUCAUCAUCGUGGUCACGCAGCUCAGGCGUUAUUGGAAACCGUCAGAUUCUCAGACGCCGUCAACGCGACUCUCACAAUGAUUAACACGCAAGACACUCUCGUUAUCGUGACCAGCGAUCACACUCAUUCGAUGAGUUUUAAUGGGUACAGCGACAGAGGCUCGAGUAUUUUAGGUAUCGCUCAAAAAUCCAAGCACGAUGGAAUUCCGUACACGACGUUGACUUAUAGCACAGGCGGGCCAAACAACGUGGCAUACACGAUUGAAGGUAAUUUCAGCACCAGGUUAGACCCUUCCAAAGAAAAUACAACGGCGUUUACGUAUAGUCAGCAAGCAGUUAUCAUAUCGGACGAAGCUUAUCACGGUGGCGGUGACGUAGCUGUUUAUGCAAUAGGGCCUUUCGCACAUCUAUUCCAUCGCGUGCACGAACAGAGCUAUGUCGCCCGUGUGAUAGCAUACGCUGCGAAUAUGGAAACAAAAUCGUACGAAAGCAACGGCGCAGAACAGCGUAAUUGCCCUAUUGGUGUUUUCUUGUAUUGUUGUUUGACUCUGCUAAUUAUAUUUCAUUGACGAUAAAAAUACAGCGCAAUCUGUACAGUAUUAAAGAAAGUACAACGACAUUAUGUAAGUAACGUAUAUUUAAAAAAAGAUCAAAGUUACAUGUUCCUUAUCGUACUUAGGUAAGUGGGACAACACAGAGCUGUCUGAAAAAUACACUUGAAUCCACUUAAUCACAGAUUAGUCUAACUCGUU